AUGGCGUUUCGCCCGCCAUCGUCGCACGGCCAGGGGCACGGCGGCGAGGUGAAGGGGCUUGGGGGGCGCGCGGAGAAGCCGGGCGGCGAGGGGAAGGUACUCGGCCGCGCGGAGAAGUCGAGCGGAGAGGGGCGGAGCCAUGGGCGCGCGGAGAAGCCGCCGACGAGCAUGAAGGACGGCAGCUGGAUCUCCGCGGACGCGCGGCAGCAGCAGCACGGCGCACCAUGGAACGCGCAGCCGCCGCAUUGCCUUCGCCUCCGCGAUGCAUCACAUUCCCGCGCCUCUCUCCCCAACCUCCCUCCCCCGCACCUUCUUCCCCGCGCCUCUCUCCGCCACUGGUUCCCCCAUGCAGGCGGGGCGGGCACGGCGUCUAAAGCCGCGCGCGUGGCGAGCGGCGUUCGACGCGGAGGGGCGUCUGGUGCGCAUGCCCGCCGUGCUGCGCGCCGUGCUGGACGGGGUGAGAAUGGGGGGAAGAAGGGGGGAGCGGGCGGGACAGUAGGAAGGCACGGGCGUCCCCCGUCUCGUGCGUAUGUCCGCCGUGCUGUGCGCCGUGCUGGACGGGGUGAGACGGAGGGAGGGAAGGGAGAUAAGGGGGUGGACCGGUCGAUACGAGGGGAGGUGUGGGAGUUCCUGCUGGGGUGCUUCUCCCUCGACUCCACCGCUGAAGAGCGCAACUACGUGCGCGCCGCCCGCCGGGAGCGGUAUGAGCAGCUGGUGCAGCAGUGUGCGCGCAUGCACGGGCGGGUGGGCACGGGGCAGCCCCUAAACACCCAAGUGACCACUCCCCCUUCCCUCCCCUCCCUGUGUCUGACUCGCAGGGAGCGGUACGAGCAGUUGGUGCAGCAGUGUGCGCGCAUGCACGGGCGGGUGGGCACGGGGCAGCCCCUAAACACCCAAGUGACCACUCCCCCUUCCCUCCCCUCCCUGUGUCUGACUCGCAGGGAGCGGUACGAGCAGUUGGUGCAGCAGUGUGCGCGCAUGCACGGGCGGGUGGGCACGGGGCAGCCCCUAAACACCCAAGUGACCACUCCCCCUUCCCUCCCCUCCCUGUGUCUGACUCGCAGGGAGCGGUACGAGCAGUUGGUGCAGCAGUGCGCGCGCAUGCACGGGCGGGUGGGCACGGGACAGCUCGCCUUCCCCGUGGGCUCGCGCAUCAUGGACGUCCGCAUCCUCACCGCCCAAGCCUCCUCCCACCCUGCCGCCGCCGCCGCCGCCGCCGCCACUGCGGAUUCUACCGCUCCUGCUGCUGCCACUGCCGCCGCCGCUGCUGGUGAUGCUGGCAGUGGUAUGGAUGGCGGUGGGCGGGGCGGCAUUGGUAGGGACGGCAGGGGCGCAGAGGAGGACAGCUUCAGGCAGAGCAGCGUGACAACCACGUUAGUCACAGUGGCUGCUGCAGCAGACAAGUUCCCGCGCCAGUUCUCAGACAAGAGCGCGGGCAGCGGCGGCACCCCGGCGUUCCGCAUGGAGCAGCUGAUGGAGGAGGGCGGGCCUCGCCUGCACUCCUCUUCCUUAUCCUUCGCCCUUGACCUGCUUGACCUUGAAGACCCCCGCGCGCUGCUUGGUGGUGGGGGGGGCGAGGAGGACGAGGAGGAGGAGGAUGAUGAGGAGGAUGAGGAGGGGGAUGGGGAGGAUGGGGAGGGAGAGGAGGGGGAGGAUGGGGAGAAGGAAGGAGAAGGGGGUGUGGGAGUGGGGCACGAAAAGAGGAAGGCGAAGGGGAGAAAACGGACGGAGGGAGGUGCAAGUGUAAGGGGAGGAGUGAGGGGGAGUUGGGGAGGGGGAGGUGAGGGGGCGGGAGGGAAGGGGGAGAAGGGGGGGAUGGAGGAGAUGAGGGCUAAGUGGGCGCGGGAGAGGCAGAGGCGGUAUGAGAGGGUAGACCACUCACACCCCCCGCAUGCCAGGGCCAGCGGUGGCGGUGGCAGCAGGGGGGGGGGAGGGUUGAGACAUGGAGAAGGGUUGGCAGGGGCAGGAGUAGGAGGAGGAGGAGGUGGGGUGGCAGGGGGUGGGGUGAGUGGGGUGGGAGCAGCAGGGGUGCGGGAGAGCAGCAGGUCACAGCGCACGCGCAGCACAGAUGUGGGGUCGCUGGUUGGGCGAGGGGCAGUGGGAGCGGCGGCGGGUGCAGAGGCGCCCCUCACACGCGCCCGCAGUGCUCGCACGGAGGAACCCCUCCCUGCACCCCCUCAUGCUGCUCGUGCUGCCGCUGCUGCGCCCGCUGCUGCUGCUGCUGGUGCCUCUGCUGAUGCUGCAGCAGGGGCAGAUGCAGCAGUGUGGCAAGCAGCAGGCGGGGAGGAGGGGGAGGGGAGCUGCCCGGAUGAUGGGGUGGGUGGAGAGGGGCAGCGGCGCAAGGGCAAGAAGAAAUGGACCAGACUGUUGCCGGGUAAGGGGAAGGAGGGCAAGGAGGGGAAGGAGGGGAAGGAAGGGAAGGAAGGGAAGGACGGUAGGGAGGGGAGGGAGGCUAAGGAGGGGAAGGGUCGGUUGCUGACAGGUGUUGGAUCCGUUAGUGGCAACGCCCUGCUGGACCCAGACGUCCUCGUUAUAGAGCAAGGAGGCGAGGUGGAGGAAGAAGAGGAGGGUGGGGGGAUCGGCGCAGAGGAGGAGGGUUCUGCAGGGGGAGGAGGCGGAGGGGAAGGGGGGAUGGGCGGGGGAGCAGGGGGAGAGGGCAAGGGGCCGUGGCAGAGGGGAGUGAAAAGUGUGAAGAAGGCACAUAAGAAACUGCGGGGGUACUUGGGUGCAGGGGAGAGCGCAGGGGGGGAGGAGGGGCAUGUGGAAAGCGGGGACGGGGGCGAGGGGGGCGAGCGGGGAGCGAGGGCGGGGGGAGCAGCGCGGGAGGGGGCGGGUGCUGUGGGUGUGGGGGGUGCGGGGGGUGUGGGUGUGGGGAGAGCGGGAGUGGGAACGGGAGCGGGAGGGGGAGGGCUGGGGGGGUUGGGAGGGGGGAUGGGGGGAAUUCAGAGGGGUUUGAUGGCGGGGGGAAACCGGCUGAAGAAGGUUCUGAGUGCUGAUUGGGGGGGUGUGUCUGUAGACGAUCUCCUUGCUUCCAUCCGCGCCCCCACCCACUCCUCUGCCACCCCCGCCAGCAAUGCCGCGGCCAGCAAUGCCAGCAAUCCCACCACUGCCACUGCCAGCUCUGUCAGCGGUGUCGGCACUGCCACUGCCGCUAUUAAUGCUGCCAGCGCCGGCAGUAGUGGCAGCGGCAGCGGCAGCAUAGCAAGUGCGGCUGGGAUUCCAAAAGGGAAUCGGAUGGGGAGUGCAGGGGAUGGUGGUAGUGCGAGCAGUGGUGGCGGCGGUGGUGUGUGGGGGGAGCGGCGCCGGGGCAAGGGGGAGGCGGGAGGGGAGCUGGGGAGUGUUUCGGAGCGGGUGGAGGGGGAGGGGGACGAGGGGGAGGAGGGGGAGGGGGAGAGGGAGGAGGGUGAGUGGCAAGUGGUGGGUGCAGCGGAGUGGGAGGGGCGCAGGGCUGGUACAGAGGAGGGUGGUCCACACAGGAAGCAACGGGUCGGAGGGUCGGGGCGGAGGGAGGCAGGGUGGGAGUUAGAGGAGGAAGAGGAGGACGAUGAGGGAGAGGAGCGGGAGAGGAGGGGGGAGGCGGAAGGCGGAGCGAGGAGUGGGGGAGGGGCGGAGGUCAGAGCAGGGCGGGGGCAGCGCGGAGGGGGGCCAGCAGCAGCGUCUGGGGAUGGCUGGGGGCUUGGAUUCGUGGGCGGCGGAGGAAGCUUCCGUGAAGGAGCAGCAGGAGGAGGAGGAGGAGCAGGUGCAGCAGCAAGAGAGGCAGACGGUGGUGAAGCAGAGAGGAGAGAACGGCGAGGGGAGGAGACGAAGAGAGAGGAGAGGAGGAAAGAGGAGGGGCGCGAGAGGGCUGUGCGGGCAGAGGAAGAAGAGGAGGAGGCGGAAGAGGGGGAAGAGGAGGGCCCUUGCGCUGCAGGCAGAGCCCUCAGUGCUGAGGGUGAGGGACGGCAAAGGAGGGAAGAAGCAGCAGGAGGAGGAGGGGAGAGAGGGGGAGGAGGAGGGGAGAGAGGGGGAGGAGGAGGGGUGGAGAAAACUGGGCCGUUUGUGGGCAGCGCGAGGAGCGAGUGGAGCGAGAGGAGCGAGAAGAGUGAGGGGAGCGACGGGGCAGGAGGGGGGGAGAAGCGGGGGGGCAGCAUCCUGCAGGCGUAUGUGCGGCAGCGGUCGUUCAACGGCCGCAACCCCACUGCGGAGCAGGUGUGGUCGUGGAUCCUGGGCCAUGAUGAUGAUGCCGAUGGUGCUGGGGAUGGGGAUGGUGGUGCCCAUGGUGGUGGUGAUGGGGAUGGGGAUGGGGGGGGUGAUGGCGACGGGGGGUGCGGUGGCGGUGGUGCUGGUGGGGGUAAUGGCGAUGGGGGAGGCGAUGGGGGCGCGGGGAAGGGUGGUGCGGGGGAGGGGGCGGGAGGAAAGGAGGGAGGUGGGGAGGGGAAGGAGGGGGAGGAGGAGGAGGAGGAGGAGGAGGGGGGCGAUGCGCGGUUGACGGUCGAUCCGGUGGUGGCAGAGCAGCUGGGGGUGACUCCUGAGAGGGUGGCGGAGUGGCUGUGGACGCUGCAUAAGAUAUCGGUGGAUGUGGAGCGCACAGACAGGCACAUGGCGUUCUAUGCGGAUCGCAGCAACCUGGAUCACUCUCCUCAUACCCAACUCCCUCUCUUAUACCCAAUAGCUCUUCAACCCUUCCACCUCCCGCCCCCUCCCCUGCCCCUGCCGUCCUUCCCCCCCAGCGGUGGACGUGGAGCGCACAGACAGGCACAUGGCGUUCUACGCGCCGUGGACGUGGAGCGCACGGAUCGCCACAUGGCGUUCUACGCGGAUCGCAGCAACCUGGCAGCCAUGAGUGACAUCCUGGCCGUGCACGCGUGGAUCGACCCCGCCACUGGCUUCUGUCAAGGCAUGUGCGACCUGCUAUCUCCCUUCAUCAUCCUCUUCCCGCACCCCGCCGACGCCUUCUGGUGCUUCGAAAGCCUCUUCUCCAGAAUCGUGAGUCACUCUCUUCCCCUUUGUCUCUGCUCCCUCAACCCUCCCCUUCUCUCAUCUGCUCACAUCCCCUCACUUUGCAGAUGA